ACAUGAGCUAUAACCAAUUAUAUGGCCAGAUAUCACCAAGUUGGGCAUAUUGUCAAAAUCUGACAUUCUUCAGGAUUUCUGGGAACCAACUUUCUGGUAACAUCCCCCCGGAAUUUGGGAAGUUGCUUCACUUAGGAGUCCUGGACCUUUCUUCAAAUCAACUUGCAGGAGAAAUACCAAGAGAGUUAAGUACCAUGAGCUUAUUGUUCAACCUGACUUUGAGUGAUAACAAAAUUACCGGAAUAAUUCCCUUGGAGUUUGGAAAAUUAUCUAAUCUACAAAUACUUGAUUUAUCUAACAAUGACAUCAGGGGCCCAAUACCCCAACAAUUAGAUAAUUGCAUUAACUUGCGCACCUUGAAUUUGGGAAGAAAUAAAUUGAAUGGGAGCAUUCCAUCUCAAAUUGGAGAGCUAGAAAGAUUGCAGGAUUUACUUGAUCUGAGCUAUAAUUUUCUUGAAGGAGAGAUACCAACACAACUAGGAAGUUUGGCAUAUUUGAUAUCUUUGAACUUGUCCCACAAUAAUCUAUCAGGUGCCAUUCCUUCAUCCUUUGGAAACAUGUUGAGUUUGUCGUUAAUUGAUGUAUCAUACAAUAAUUUGGAGGGCCGAAUUCCGAGAAGCAAAUUAUUUCAAAAUGCUCAAGCAGAGUGGUUUAUCCAUAACAAAGGUUUAUGUGGUGAGGUGCCAAGUUUGCCUUCUUGUGGAUCAACCACUACAACUUGGUUCUUUUAG